AUGGUGAAGAGUUCCAGCCGCGUGCAGCGCCGGUUGGUGGAACGGGCGGCGGCCGUCCCCGCCUCUCCCGCGGGGCAGCCGCACGCGGAUGGCGCUGCGAGGCACGGCGGGCCUCGCGGGCGUAGUGUUGGGGGCGCCGACGGGACCGCAGGGGCGCGGGCCUCGCCUGUCGAAGCCGUGAGGGAGACGCGGCGGCGGUGCUGCACGUGUGGUGGGCACGAGGCUCGAGAGCGGCUGCGGGGGGCAGACGAGGGAGCGGGGCUUCCCUACGGCACGAGUGGCGGCGACGGGCGGCGACGGGCAGGGACGGAGCCGUCCUUUGCGGGCGGUGCCCGACCCCUCCACCGUUUUUCUCUUUCUCUUUCUCUUUCGUGCGGGAGGUGGUAA